ACCGGUAAGGAGAUAAAUUAUCGGAAAUAUGGAGUAAAAGCAGGAUGGUAUUGAAGUAAGGCGACUGUGGCUCGAAGGGUGUGCUUUUGCGAUGCUGUUUUCCCAGCGAGGAGGUCCCGGAGCCCGGCGCCUGCUGCCCUGGCUCCUGCUGCUCGCAGCCUGGCGGGCGGGCAGCGCCCAGCUGCGCUACUCGGUCCCCGAGGAGGCCCAGCACGGCACGUUCGUGGGCCGCCUGGCGCAGGACCUGGGGCUGCCGCUGGCCGAGCUGGUGCCGCGCCUGUUCCGGGUGGCGUCCAGGGCCGGCGGGGACCUGCUGGAGGUGAACGUGCAGAACGGCAUCCUGUUCGUGAACGCGCGGAUGGACCGCGAGGCGCUGUGCGGGCGGAGCGCGGAGUGCAGCGUGCACCUGGAGGUGGUGGUGGAGCGGCCGCUGCAGGUGUUCCACGUGGAGGUGGAGGUGAGGGACGUCAACGACAACCCGCCCGUGUUCUCCGUGAAGGAACAAAAGCUCUCCAUACCCGAGUCUAGACUGCUGGACUCGCGGUUUCCGCUAGAGGGCGCGUCGGAUGCGGACGUUGGAGAGAACGCAAUGCUUACUUACAAGCUGGCUUCCAACGAGUUCUUCGUGCUUGAUGUUAUAAAAAAAGAGAACGCGCGCGUGUCGUACUCGCUGGUGGAGCGGCGCGUGGGCGAGCGCCUGCUGUCGAGCUACGUGUCGGUGCACGCGGAGAGCGGGCGCGUGCACGCGCUGCAGCCGCUGGACCGCGAGGAGCUGGAGCUGCUGCGCUUCGAGGUGAGCGCGCGCGACGCGGGCGUGCCGGCGCUGGGCAGCAACGUGACGCUGCAGGUGUUCGUGCUGGACGAGAACGACCACGCGCCGUGGGUGCUGCCGCGGGGCGCGGGCGGGCCGGCGAGCGAGGCGGUGCCGGUGUGGGUGUCGCGGUCUGCGGGCGCGGGCCACGUGGUGGCGAAGGUGCGCGCGGUGGACGCGGACGCCGGCUACAACGCGUGGCUGUCCUACGAGCUGCAGGCGGCGCCGAAUGGGGCGGCGUCGGGCGGCGCGCGCCUGCCGUUCCGCGUGGGGCUGUACACGGGCGAGAUCAGCACGACGCGCAGCCUGGACGAGGCGGACUUGGCGCGCCAGCGGCUGCUGGUGCUGGCGCCGGCGGCGGCGUCCUCGCGGGCGGCGGCGGCGGCGGGAGUGGCGGGCGUGGCGGCGGCGGCGGGCGGCGCGGCGGCGCUGCUGGACGUGAACGCGUCCCUGAUCGUGGCCAUCUGCGCCGUGAGCAGCCUGCUGGUGCUGACGCUGGUGGUGUGGACGGCGCUGCGGUGCUGGGCGCCGGCGGCGGAGGGCGCGUGCGGGCCGGGGCAGCCUGCGCUGGUGUGCGCGAGCGCGGUGGGGAGCUGGUCGUGCUCGCAGCGGAGGCGGCAGCGGGUGAGCGGCGGCGAGGGCGCGCCCAAGGCUGACCUCAUGGCCUUCAGUCCCGGCCUUCCUCCUGGUCCAGAAAGCGAGGAUGGAAUGAAUGUGGACGUUGACCACUCCGGCAAAGGUCAUUCAGAGUUAUAUCGCCCUGAUUAUGAGAUUUCAGUCUUCAAAUUCAGCUCUCCUCUUGAAAUUCUUGACCAAUAA